UAAAGUUCUUCUCUAAUGAUUCUGCCCAUUUUUCUAGUGGGUUCCCUGUCUUUUUCUUACAGGCUUAUAGAAAUUCUUAUAUUCUGAGUAUGAGCCCUUUGUCGACUAUAGGUGUUAGCAAUAUUUUGUCAACUUGUGGUUUGCCUCAGAAAACCAGAAAUCACUUGAGAGUGGGGGUGGAUGAUGGAGCAUUUCCAGGGCUAUGCCACCUCACAGGCAAGCAAAUUCUCGUCUUUCUACCGGGGAGGUUUCAUAGCCAUGUCCCAUCCAGGUUCCCUGGCGUGAGCUUUGUGAAGCCACAGAGAGUCAGAAAGUGCUUCUUGGUGACUGACCUGACUCUUCCAAUGCUUCAUGUUCAAGGGCAUUCGCUCAUGUAAUUGCUCUAAUCAGCCAGAAAGGAAAUACCAUUUUGAGCUUUUCAUAUUUCUUCCCCACUUCCUCUGGUUAGAGUACCAAGCUCUGACACCAAAGAGGCCAGAGGAUCACCAGCCCUGGGCCUGGGUCCACAGCCUCACCUCUGCCUGCAGACUGAGCUGUGUGCUCUGCUGUGUGCCAGAACAGGCUCCAUGCUGCCCUGGAUCUCCCUGCUGCUCUUCGUUCCCUGUGAUGGGGCAAAUGGCUGGCUGAACAUCCAAGCCUUGCCAAACCCUGUGUUGGAAGGAGAGUCCCUGACUCUGCGAUGCCAGGGGUGGAACAAUAUGGAACUGUCCCAGGUGAAUUUCUACAAAGAUGGAGCACGCCUCCAUUCAUCAAAUGGCAAGAACAUUCUGUCCAUACAGACAGCAACACUGAAAAGCAGUGGCCAGUACAGCUGUUCUGGGAGUGUGACAUAUUUGCCACACAUAGGCCGAGAAACCUCAGGGACUACCACAGUUCAGGUCCAAGAGCUGUUCUCACCUCCUGUGCUGAACGCCAUCCCCUCUCCCAAGCUCUGUGAGGGAAGCCCAUUGACUCUGAGAUGCCAGACGAGGCUGCACCCCAAGAGGCCGGCCUUGAGGCUCCUCUUCUCCUUCUACAAGGAUGGCCGCACCGUGCAGGGCAGGGGCCAGCACCCAGAACUCCACAUCCUGGCCAUGGAGGAAGGAGACUCUGGGCUUUACUGGUGUGAGGCAGCCCCUGAGGGUGGCAGGGUCCAGAAACAGAGCCCCCAGCUGGAGAUCAUGGUGCAAGCUCCUGUGUCCCGUCCUCUGCUCACUCUGCCACACAGGAUCAUUAGCCCUGCCGUGGGGGACCUGGUGGAGCUCUUCUGUGAGGUCCAGAGAGGCUCCCCUCCAGUCCUGUACUCCUUCUACUUCGAUGGGAAGCUCCUGGGGAACCUUUCAGCUCCUCAUGGUGGAGCUGCCUCCCUCCUCGUCCCAGUGAAGUCAGAGCAGGACACUGGGAACUACUCCUGCGAGGCUGAAAACAGUGUUUCCAGAGAGAGGAGUGAGCCCAGGAAGAUCUCCCUGAAGGGUUCCCAAGUCUUGUCCACCCCCACCCACUGCAACUGGCCAGUUGUUUACCUGCCUGCAGGCCUGCUUGGUGUGAUGGUCAUUGCAGCUGCACUUCUGGGUUAUUUCAAACCAUGGAAAAAAGCCGGGCCUCUUCCAUCCCAGGAUCUGCCCCCAGCUCCAGGUGGAGAGCAGUGCCCCAUCUAUGGCAAUGAGGCUCAGUGA